GUAUGGUACACGAUAUAUACUAGGGUAGUAUUCAACCCUAGCCUUCUCAUGGCAAUACGGAGACUAACACUGCCCACUAGUAGUAGAUUUUACCACCUUGCUGCACGACCCUGUACCAGACGACAUCCUACUCUCAUACCUGGACAAACUAGACCCUACCACCUGACUGAAAACUCUCUGGAAUUUGAACAUACCAUGGCGCAACGUGAGGCAUUUAUCAGUAAAUAUGGGGACGUUAUUCAACCUUUAUUACAGAAAAGUGAUCCAGGUUUAGCACCGGUGACUGCGCGACUACAAGAGAUACUACAGUACAACACAGUGGGCGGUAAACUGAACCGAGGGUGUGCAGUAGUGCACACUGCACAGUUACUGGGAUAUUCUAACACAUUCCACGCUACUGUACUCGGCUGGUGUGUGGAGAUUCUUCAGGGGUUUCUGUUGGUAGCUGAUGAUAUAAUGGAUAACUCUGAGAUGAGGCGGGGGAAAGAGUGCUGGUAUAAGCGUGUUGGUAUGACAGCUAUUAACGACUCUUUCCUGCUGGAAUCCUGUGUCUUUGAGUUACUUAAAACUCAUCUCGGCUCAGAAAAAUGCUACGUCAAAUGUUUGGAAUUGUUUCUUGAUGUGACGAGAAAAACAGAAUUUGGACAAGCACUAGACUUGGAGGUAGAGUCGUUGGAUUACAGCGAGUAUUCCAUGGAGAGAUACGAUUCCAUCGUCAUCUACAAAACUGCGUACUAUUCAUUCUACCUGCCGGUCGCUCUGGCGAUGCACCUCACUGGAAGAGAUUCGGAUUUAGAGCUGGAGAGUGCGAGAAAAAUUCUGAUAAAGAUUGGACACUACUUUCAGGUACAAGACGACUAUUUAGAUUGUUACGGUGAUCCCAGUGUUAUCGGUAAAGUUGGAACUGACAUACAAGAAAGGAAAUGCUCGUGGCUAUUUCUGAAUGCUGUAGAAUUAGCGACAGAAGAAGACAAAGAAGAGUUGUUCCGGAGCUAUGGCAAAGAAGAUGAAGAGAGUGUCAGCAUAGUUAAACUUCUUUACCUCAAAUAUGGACUGAGGAGAAAGUACCUAGAGUACAGUGCUACAACUUAUGCUUCUAUUUGCUCCGAUAUAGACAAUAAUAAGUCUGGACUGCCUGUGCAAAUCUUUCAAGAUUUUCUUGAUAAAAUACACAAGCGCAGCAAAUGAUUACGUCUAUUGCUCUUUCUUGCUUAAAAUUAUCUUGCCCUAAAUUUAUAAGUGUCUUAGUUUUUAAGGGUUUAAUUAAUUUUUGGGAAUUUGCUUUCUAUUUUGUUUGUUUUCAAUUCCGUUUGAUAUAUAUUUUAGCUACGAUUAUAUGUUUUACCUACAGCUUUCAUUGAAACUGAAUUAACUGUCUGAAUUAACUUCUGAUUUGAUAUUGAUUUCUUGAAAUUUCCUUAGAG